AUGGCGGUUACAGAUGAAUCAUCACAAUUAGAAGCUUAUGAUGAGGCAGAACAUCACAAAAAAAUGAAUUAUUAUCAGGGUGUAAAAAAUUUUUCAACUAAACGAGAUGAUAUAUCUCAAUCUCGUUUGUUUAAUGGAUAUUCUUUGAAUCAUGAAAAGGAUAUAAAAGAAUUACCACUUCUUCGAUCAUUUUCAUCACCACUGUUAUGGACAAAUAAUUUAGGAAAAACGCAAGCAUCAGCAACAGAAUCAUUAACACAAGCAUCUACACCAAUGUCAAUACAAUCUCCAGAUAAUAUUUUUUCAAGACGUUUUCCUUUUCAAUAUACACAGACAAGCUCUCAACAAACAGCCUUACAUAAUGAUGCAGCACAUUUUGAACGAUUAAAAGAUUCGCAUUAUGCUUUUUGUCCACAGACGGCGCCAUUUAUAUCUGUAAAUACCAUGGGAUCUUCAAAUUUUCAAAGCUCAACAAUAUCACCAUCCUAUCCUUAUUAUUAUUCAACUACUCAAUCUAUACCGUAUGAUAAUUACGGAUAUGCAUCUUGGAGAUCAAUACCAGAAGGAAAAGAAAGAGUUACUAAUAAAUGGGUAAAUAAUUCGGAUACGAACAAUUCUUCACAAAAUCCAAAUGUUUCCACUACUUUUAUGCCAUCAGGCACUUCUAAAGCUAAUACUUCGGAUAAUUUACAAGAAAAUUCUUUUCAGGAGUCUACAAUAACUAAUUUGAAAAAUACUGCCCGAACAGAAGAUGGUGUACUUCCUUCUGCUAUUGUUGUUAAAAAUAUACCUUUUCAAAUAAAAAAGGAGCAGCUUCUUGAGCUUUUUGAUACACUUGAUAUUCCUAAACCAUAUGCAUUCAAUUAUCAUUUUGAUAAUGGAAAUUUCAGAGGUCUUGCUUUUGCUAAUUUUUAUACACCAGAAGAAACAACACGUGUUAUCCUUUCGCUUAAUGGACAUGAUAUUAUGGGCAGAAAACUUCGUGUUGAAUAUAAACGUAUUUUACCCAUAGCAGAUCGUGAAAAAGCAAAUCGAGAAAAAAAGGAAAAACGAAACCAAUAUGAAGAACAGCAUAAUUCAUCUAAUCCUGGAUUUUUCAAAGGAAAAAGAAAAUCCAAAGAUAUUGAUCUUAAUGAUGAAGCCACUUUAAAAAUUUAUUCUCGUUUAUUGCUUUUCCGAAAUGAUCAGAGUCCUAAUGCUCCUAAUGAGUUGAUUUUUCCUCUUGAUACAAGUCUUCAACAACGUCGUAUUAUUCAUUAUAUUGCAGAAAAAUUGGGUCUCGAAUACACUUCUUGUGGUGAAAAUGAUGCUAAAUAUAUUGUAAUUAAUAGGUUAAAUUCAAACAAUACAGAUAAUAUACCAAUGAAUUUUUGGAAUAAACCUAAUUUUGGUAUUUCUGAUCAAUCAGUUAGUCCUGUUGCAUCUUUGUCAGCUACUAAUUUAACGUCAAAUGGGCUACCUUUAACAAGUAAUUUUUCUGAAAAAUCAGAUAUGAAUUCUAGAAUCAGGUCAAUGAAGCCACUUAAUGACAUUAGAACUAUGAACACUCAAAUAUUGUCAAAAACGAAUUUUCACCAAGUACAGCCACUUAAUGCUGUUACCAAUACAUCAUUCGAUUUAGGAGUUUCUAAUCUACAAAAUGAUAUUAAUGUUAUGAUGCAAAACUUGAAUUUUAAUGUGACUAAUAAACAAUCUAAGAAUGGCGAAUGGGGAAGUAAAAAGGGAUUUAAGAAUAUGAUCAUGAAGACAAACAUAAAUUAA